AUGUCGACGUCGAACGGGUUCUCAGCAACACCUCUCGUGCUGCACAUAUGGCCAGCAACUGCUUCUGUGCUAUCAAUUGAUCCCGCCAGCGUAGCGGCGCUAUGCCACCUCCAGCUCGCCGUUCCGGGGCGGUUUUUCGUAGCCUAUAGCGCGAACCCUGACUUGUCGCCGAGUGGUCAGCUACCGUUCCUAACGCAUGGUUUGCAUAACGUCUCGGGAUUGCAGUCCAUCGUGAAGUACGUCGAGAACCUAGCUGAUGCGCUUAAUCUGGAUCAUUCGCUCGGUCCUGUCGAGAAAGCUCAAUCCACUGCUUACAAGGCCCACGUCCAGUCUGAAUAUGGGGACUUGCUGGCACAUAUGAUGUACUCCUUGCACGCCAACUGGUGGAACGUUACAAGGCCCGCCUUGGUUUCUAUGUUGCCAGCUCCGCAGCGCUACUUCGUCCCCGGACGCAUCCGGGAAUCAUACCGACCUCGACUCGAAUUCGCGGGGCUGUGGAAUGUUCCAGGGAUCGAGCAGGAAGACGAUGAGAGAUUCUCAGUAUUCCGCGAGAGAAGACGAAAGAAAAAGGAGACUCGUGAUCAGAAGUUCAAAAAGGUGUUUGAGCGUGAAAAGGUGCUGGAGAAGGCUCGUGCAUUCUUCUCCUUGUAUGCACGGCUUUUGGGAGACGAACGGUUCUUUCAUCCGAAUAGCGCAAGGCCAAGUUCUCUUGAUGUCUUAUUCGCCGCGCACACGCACAUUCUAAUAGGUCUCCCCUUUACCGAUACGCUGAUCAAGUCGCUUCUCUCGGAAUCGUUCCCCAGCCUUGUUGCACAUGCUACUGCCGUUGGAUCAUUCGCCUUCCCGGAUCCCGGUUCUUUUUCAAUUGUGGAAACAGACAUUAGGACAUCCUUUAGCUCUCUGUUCCCGCGGCCCUUUAUCAUUUCCUGGAGGCAACAAAAAUCUACGUCGUCGAAUGAAGCCCGGCGGUACACGCUGGUUCGGUGGGGCUUUGUAAGCCUGGCUACUGCAGGACUGCUCAUCUAUCUGCGCCUGUUCGGGUUGGGCCCAGGAAUCAGGUUUGCUGUCGUGAUGGAUGACGGCAAGGAAGAGACUACCGAUGAGGAGGAUGGAGCGCUUCUAGAGGAUGAUGAAAUCGUGGACGACGUCGACGAGGACGAAGAAGAAGACGCUUGAAUCGAUACGAAUAUUUUGUGAUGUUUAUUACCGAUAGUUCGUCGUGGGUACGAAUGUCGUAUGGUCUGUCCACUCGUCGGCUGCUGCUGCCCUCAAGCAGGUGUUACUUCUCGCUUGAGGAAGUACAUAAACCUUCAUAGACACGACCGGGACGAAAUGAUGUAGGCCAAAAAUUCGUGAAUAUGUUCGUAUGGUUAAUCCAGUAUCAGGCUCCAAUAUGCAGCAUCAAAACGUCUCUGGUAAUCGACGUUCAUGACCUC